UCACAUAACCACACUUACGGGCCUCUCUCUGAUCAUGAUUCAAAAUUCCGUCACGAUGAAGCUAUAUGAAAACUCCGACACUCCAACCACAAAUCACAUUAUCACCAAAGAGAUCGAGACCAGUGAUAAAGCAUGGACACCAUCUCACAAUCCACUCCAAAGAUGAUACCUCAAACUCCAACUUCACUGCAACAAUGGCUACAAGAACACUACCACCUUUACUGGUUCAUCAGCAUAACCAUAACCCUAAUAACCACCUUCUCUUUGUUUCUCUUCUACAAAUCAUCUCUGUUAUCAAAGAAGAAGCUUAAACUACCACCAUGUCCAUUAAUUCUCCCACUUGUUGGCAACCUUCACCAACUUGGCUCUCUCCCUCACCGUUCCCUGCAUGCACUCUCUCAGAAACAUGGACCUUUGAUGCUCCUCCACUUAGGGAAAGUCCCAGCAAUCAUUAUCUCCUCUGCAGAACUUGCUCAAGAGAUUAUGAAAACCCAUGACCUCAUUUUCUCCAGCCGCCCAUUUUCCUCCAUGGCCAACAGUCUCUUGUACAACUCUCUCGACAUCGCCCUCUCUCCUUACGGCGAGUACUGGCGCCAAGUGCGACGCAUUUCCGUCAUUCACUUGUUAAGCCUCAAGAGAGUCCAGUCCUUUGGAAGUAUCCGAGAAGAAGAAGUAUAUCUAAUGGUGGAUAAGAUCCAUGCAUCACAGGGAUCAUUGGUGAAUCUGAGUGAGAUCCUUGUGGCAGUCACUAAUGCUGUGGUUUGUAGGGUAGCUUUGGGGAGGAAGUAUGAUAGGAGUAAUAGAUUUCGUGAGAUGCUCAUUGAGUUCGCGAUCUUGCUCGGUUCCUUUCCUUUAAAGGACUUCAUUCCAUGGCUUGGUUGGGUUGAUAGAAUAACUGGUUUGGAUGCGAGGGUGGUGAACAAUUCCACGGAAAUGGAUAGUUUCUUUGAAGAAGUCUUAGAGGAUCACAUCCAUUCCAAGACAUCAGAAACUAGCGAUUUAGUGGAUGUUUUACUAUCUUUGGAUGUUCCUCUUAGUAGAGAUAGCACCAAAGCAAUCAUCUUGACAAUACAACAAAGAAAGACUGCUGGAACUGAUACAAUAUUCACAGCUCUGGAAUGGAUUAUGGCUGAGCUCAUGAGAAACCCAAAAGUCAUGGAGAAAGUUCAAGAGGAGAUAAAGGGAGUAGUCAAAGGAAAGGCAAAAGUUUCAGAAGAAGACAUUGUUGAAAUGAUCUACUUAAAAGCAGUCAUCAAAGAAGCGCUGAGACUUCACCCCCCAAUCCCUUUACUGGUUCCUAGAGAAUCGACAGAACAUGUUAAACUCCAUGGGUUUGAUAUACCUGAGAAAACAAGGGUUGUGAUCAAUGCUUGGGCUAUUGGAAGGGAUCCCAAGAGUUGGGAGAGGCCUGAGGCAUUCAUGCCUGAGAGGUUCUUGAACAGUGAAGUGGAUUUCAAGGGACAACACUUUGAGUUCAUACCAUUUGGAGCAGGGAGGAGAGGAUGUCCAGGAAUCAUGUUUGCCAUUUCCACAAUUGAGCUUGCUGCUGCUGCUCUCUUGCACCAUUUUGAUUGGAAGCUACCUGAUGGAAUGAGAACAGAGGAGUUGGAUAUGAGUGAAACUUCAGGUUUUAAUGCUCAUAUGAAAACAAGCUUGCUUGUUCAGGCUACACCAAGGUUUUAGUUUCUUGAAUUAAAAACAUGUAUAAGUUCUCAAAUAAACAUUGCUGCAUCAGUUGUAUUGAAGUAUAUAUAUAUAUAUAUAUAUAUAUGUUAUUUUAUGAUUGAA